AAGCAACAGCCCCGCCGGUUCGGGCUCUCUCCGUGCUCGCUAUGCUUGUGCCGCAUUUAGUGUUUAGUCCUCGCUACUCGCGCGGCGCGUUAACUUACGGUUCCACGACGUUCGUCGUCUUCUUCUUCUUCGUUUUCGUGAUUCCCACGUUACUACGUUCUCAAGAGAAAGGGAGAAAGAAAGAAAGAAAGAAAGAAAGAGGAAGAGAGAGAGAGAACGAGAGAGAUAGGGAGAUAGAGAGAGAAAGAGAGAGAGAGUGCGCCUCAACGUCGUCUUUUUAUCGCCACGUGCUUCUUUGUGAAGAAGAAGAAGAACUCUUUUCUGUGGUGUCAUCGAUGGAUUUCAAUUUCAAAGGUCCUUGAAAAAUUCGAUAUGUAAUGUGAAAAGAAAGAGAUACAUAGAGGUAGAGAUAGAUAAAUAGAAAGAGAGAGAGUGUGUGUGUGAGAGAGAGAGAGAGAGAGAGAGAGAGAAAGAGAGAAAAAAGAAAGAAAAGUUUGUGCGUAUGUGCGAAGAGCAACGUGUGUCAAUUCCAAGGAGAGAGAAUCGAAAGUACCACCGAAAGCGUGGAAGGUGCGAAAGAAAGGGAGAAGGGGGAAACUCCCUACUGUGCCAAGGAAGAAGAGACUUCCGGUGUGGUGUUUCGUCGCACGAGAGAGAGACCCUCUCGCCGGAUGUUUAUCGACGAUGGCAUAAUGGAUCAUGACACAGACGGAGACGGUGCGAUCAACUUGUCCACGUCGCAGCGACCCUCCGCCGCUACAACCCCAAAUGGUGACAUCCCUGGUUACGGUCAGGAUCAACAGGACAACGAUCAGGCUACUUCGCUAUUUGCAGCGCUGAAGCAGCAACAACAGUCGCGCGAAAACGUAUCGUCGUCGCGGGAUCGCGAGAGCCGUGCCGAAAGAGAACGUCACUCGAUACGUGCUAGCCGAGACGGAAUAGGAAGGAGUGGCGUUUCCGAAGCCACAGGUGGUAGCAUUGUCGAACAACAGCAACAACAGCAAUCACAAUCUCAACAACAGUUACAACAACAACAACAACAACAACAGCAACACCAACAGCAGCAGCAGCAACAGCAGCAGGAACUUACCAUCGAGUACCAAAGCAAUGGGAAGCUCAGUCCUGCUGGACGCACAGUGACAGCAGCACCCAUGACCCAGCAAAAGCAGCCCAUCAUCGCGCAACAAUCGCAACAACCGAGCUCGGGUGCACCUGGUCUUCAGCCCAGCCCUCAUCAGAGUCCACAGGCCCCUCAACGGGGAUCACCGCCGAAUCCUUCGCAGGGCCCACCGCCCGGAGGGCCUCCAGGUGCUCCACCGUCACAGAAUCCUUCUCAGAUGAUGCUCAGCCCGGCGAGCGGCCUCCACCAAAUGCAACAAUUGUUGCAACAACACAUUCUCAGUCCUGGGCAACUGCAGUCCUUCCUGCAGCAACAUCCCCUUUAUCUUCAGCAGCAACAGCAACAACAUCAUCAGGAUUCCACGUCCGAUCAUGCGCCCAAUCAAGAACGCUUUGGCUAUUUCUCGUUAAAAAGCCAGCAACAUCAGCUCGCCGAACUCGGUAGGAAACAAUUGGAACAGGCUAUGCAACAAUUGCAAGAACAAUUGCAAUUGAAUUUGAUCCAACAGACACAUCUACUACAGACCGCCGAUAAGAAGAAGGCGUCCGGUCCGCUUCAACAGUUGGCACUUCAGCAACAACAAUUGGUACAACAGUUUCAGAUAACGCAGAGACAAUAUCUAUUGCAGCAGGGUCUUGGUCUUCAAGGUCACAAUCCUUCCUCAGGUCUUCAACCCGGAGAAGGUUUACCAACAUGGAAGUCCGAAACGUCAGAUGGUUCGGAAUCUCAUCAAAAUUCCAGCGUCCCGAAAUCUGGUGGAUUGAACGGACUUCUGAAUUCGAUAGUUUCGGGUCGGCGAUCGGAAAUGAACGGUACGACGCCGUUGGACGAAAAACCACUCGACGUUUCAUGCAACGACAAGGCUCAUCCCCUUUACGGUCACGGGGUUUGCAAAUGGCCGGGCUGUGAAGUUAUUUGCGAAGACUAUCAAGCAUUCCUUAAUUUGUUAAGGAUGAUACAUCAUAAUCACAGGCACUUAAACACGGAGCACACGUUGGACGACAGAUCGACGGCACAGGCGAGGGUACAGAUGCAAGUGGUCUCGCAAUUGGAGAUACAGUUGCAGAAGGAACGGGAUCGUCUCAAUGCCAUGAUGCAUCAUUUGCAUAUGGCGAAACAAAUGGCUUCCCCCGAACCACCAAAAUCUUCCGAGUCUUCGACGGGCUCGAGUUUACCAAAGUUGAAUCUGUCGACGGCACUGAUGAGCCAACCACCACCGAACUUUGGCGUGUCCCAGGUUUCGCCGGUUUCAAUGUCGGCUCUAGUCUCGGCAGUGAGAUCACCAGCGGGUGGACAAUUACCACCGUCCGCUGGCGGCACGGCAAUGCCACCGAUACCGAACAUGUCAAACAUGUCGGGGAUGCCACCGUUGCCGAACAUGCCCGGAACUCCUGGGAGCAUGCCGAGUAUGGCUGGACCGAUACGACGACGAAUCAGUGACAAGUCGACCUUAUCCUUAGCUGGAGGGCUAUAUGAGGAGGGCACUGUAAGGCGCAGAGUAACCAUCGAUAGAUCUGGAAUAGAUAUUAACGAAGAAAUUCAACGAAAUAGGGAAUUCUACAAAAAUGCCGACGUCAGACCACCGUUCACGUACGCAUCCCUAAUUCGACAGUCCAUCAUCGAAUCGCCAGAUAAACAACUGACGCUCAACGAAAUUUAUAACUGGUUCCAAAACACAUUCUGCUACUUCCGGCGAAAUGCAGCAACGUGGAAGAACGCGAUUCGCACCAAUCUAUCAUUGCACAAGUGUUUUGUGCGCUAUGAGGACGACUUCGGGUCAUUCUGGAUGGUGGACGACGCCGAGUUCGUAAAGCGGCGGCAUCUGUCCCGCGGCCGCCCCAGGAAAUAUGACCAAAACCCAUCAUCCACUCCACCCCACCUCUCCGCACAGGGCGUACCAUCGAAAAGUCCAACGCUCACUCAUAGUCCUACGAUGUAUGGUGACGCUCUAAAUGCCAACCUCCAGUAUUUCCAGGCUGCACUCGGGGAGUCUAAUAUGGGAUUUUUAAAUAACUCGAUGUGUACGUCGACAGCAACGAGCCCGGAUAAAGAGCACGUCUUGUCUCACAACGAUCUAAUGUCGCCACUGGAUGAACCAGCAGUGCACAUAAAGCAGGAAGGGCAAAGCCCGGAGGGUGGUAAGCUAACGAGAUUAAUAAAACGCGAGAUGCUGGAUGGGCCAACGGAACAGGAGGCGGAAGAGGAUCAGGUGGACGAGAGAGAAUAUCCAGAAAGUCACGAGCACGAUUCGGGACAGGACGAGGAUAUUGCAGAGGACCUGUCGAUGGCACCGGACAUAAUGAGCCCGGAGGAUCAGAUCGAGGCGUAGUAUCGUUCGGCUCGAGCCCGAUAGGAGGACGGUACCGUGUCAGGCUGUCUCGUUCGAGUUCGAGGACGAACGAGUUUUCAAAGGAGGUGGAAGAAAAGGGUAAAGGAGGUGGAAGGAGAUGGGGAAGGAGCUGGAGGAGGUGGAAAAGAAGAGAACGUGAAAAAGGACGAGUCUUUCGCGGUCAAAUUAAAUCGUGCCAUUGGAAGAAAAUCGAACGAAGUAAUAAAUAGGAUCAAUGGGACGAACGAAGGGACAUACGAAGGACCGUCGGAGAUUCGUUCGUUCACCUCUUCCUAUGAAACCCCUCGAAUCAUCAUAUCCGAGCCGCGACGUCUCAGGAGCGGCUACACUUCGAGACGUAAAAGAGAGAGAUGAAGAAGAUGAAGAAGAAGAACGAACGAACGAACGAACGAACGAAAGACAAAAAGAAGAAGGAGAAGAA